CUAGGCCUUGGGUUAGCUGUGGUUGUAACACUCUACAGGAUGGGUUUUCCUGAAGCUGCCAGUUCUUUUAGAACUCGUCAAAUUGAGGCUGCUCCAACCAGUUCUCCAGAUGAUGGAUUUAAAGCAAAUGUUGUCUUUAAGGAGAUUGAGAAGAAGCUUGAAGAGGAAGGGGAACAGUUUGUGAAGAAAAUUGGUGGUAUUUUUGCCUUCAAGGUGAAGGAUGGCCCUGGGGGUAAAGAGGCCACCUGGGUGGUAGAUGUGAAGAAUGGCAAAGGGUCAGUGCUUCCUAACUCAGAUAAGAAGGCUGACUGCACAAUCACAAUGGCUGACUCUGACUUACUGGCUUUAAUGACUGACAAAAUGAAUCCUCAGUCUGCUUUCUUUCAAGGCAAACUGAAAAUCACUGGCAACAUGGGUCUGGCCAUGAAGUUGCAAAAUCUUCAGCUUCAGCCAGGCAAAGCUAAGCUGUGAAGAACUCCCUUUGGCUACUUUUGAAAAUCAAGAUGAAAUAUAUAGCUACAUAUCCAUAUAUUUCAUUGUCAGAAUUUAGACUGAAACUACACAUUGGCAAAUUGUGCGAGACAGAUUUGUUUUUCAAUUGUAUGACCAAUCCUGUUUUUCCUAAGCUCUGGAUGGAUAGAGCCUGAUGGUGUACAGCUGCUUUGCUGAGCUGUAUACAAUUGUGCAUUACAAAGUUAAUAUGGUAAUUAUGGUUUGGGUUAAAACUGAGUUUC